AGCAAUAUAAUAACUCACCUGUCACCUGACAUGACCGCUCAUUUCGGACUGUUGCAAACGUGGCUUCUGUAAGCACCGAGUGGCGUUUAGCUUCCGAAUUGCAUCCGUAGAAGCACAAACAGAUAUUCACAAAAAGCGUAAAAUUCAAGGGCGAUUAGUCUGAGCAGUUUUUCUAUCUGGGUUGUGCUUAAAUUUGUUUGUGAAGGAAGAAAAAGAGCAGAAAAAUGGCUACGGAUAUGGUGGUGGUUCAACAAGCAGCGGUGAACGGUGGUUGCUGCAAAAAGGGGCCAGGAUAUGCUACUCCGCUUGAAGCCAUGGCUGGCCCAAGGGAAUCUCUUAUUUAUGUCACCUGUGUUUAUAAAGGUAAUUUAAUUGGGUUUUUGCUUUAUUUCGCCAAUCGCUUCCCUAUUUUAUUUUCUAAAACUUGUGUGUCACUUUUAUCUGAUGUUCUCAAACCCAAGUUUUCGCAUAGCGAAAACAACAGAAUCAAGCAUCUGAUCAAGAAGAUUUAUUUGACUUACUCUAAAGUCAUUCACAGGCUACCUAUGCCUUACAUUGGCGAUGAACUACAUCAUUCGGGAUGGAAUUCCUGCAGCUCCUGCCAUAGUGAUCCAUCAGCUUCCCGGCGAUUCCUUGUCCUACCUUCACUUGUGUACAAUGGGAUCAUAACCUUGUCUGAAAUUUCAUCCUUAAAUUUCCCACUUGAAGGUGGGAAAAUUGAUUCAACUACAUCUAUUGCCAAGGGGCUAUUGUUAGGUUUGAAGCAAUAUCAGAAAUUUGGUCAUUUGUUACCAUUAUUGAAACAUGAAGCCUCGUGCCUGAUAGAAGUUUUAGAACUUCAGGGCUGGCAUCAUAGAUCUUCACUCUACCGGCGUCCAUGGAUUUCAAGAAUUCGAUUGUUUGAUAAGGAGACGGUACAUCUUUUUGUUCAAGGAAAUGGAGAAACUAUCAGAUUGACUGUGAAGAGUCUGAAGAAUGGAAGGUAUAAAGAUGGAAAUGCUGAAGGAAAUGGAUUUCUUCUUCUGGAUUCUGAUUUUAAUGUGAAAGGAAGGUGGGAGAAACCUGGACAUAGUCCCCUUUUUGGCUAUGAUUUCUGGUAUCAACCUCGACACAAGACCAUGAUCAGCACUUCGUGGGGAGCACCUGCUGCUUUCACCAAAGGGCUUGUCAAUCUUGCUUUCUCAUGUCUUCUGCUUGGAUGUUUUCAUGCAACUGCAUGUAUAAUUCCUUUUGGGGAAUAUUUUUCCGUUAAUGUGCAUCUAAAUAACUUGCAGAUAAGAUUUCUGCACGAUCCAUCCAGGGAUACAGGAUUUGUGGGAUGUGCCUUAACAAGCAACAUGAUAAGGUUUUUCAAGAACCCAGAUGGGUCAUGGAGCCACGAGCUAUCAAUAUCAGUGAAGCCACUCAAGGUGCAAAAUUGGAUUCUUCCCGAGAUGCCCGAAAGAUACAUAAAUAACAGAUAAUUCGUCUUUCAAAUUCAACCAAUUCAUCCCUUAAGGAUGGCAAAUCACAAGAACUAAAUGACUGGCCAAGUAUGGGUUGGAGGAUUAGUUCGGAAAGGAAGCACCGUGGUUGUUGAGGCAGAUGAUGGUUCGACGUACCAGGGUGAUGUCCCAGAUGUGAAGGGAGCCAAAGUCAGGCCUGGUUUUAGGUUGAUACAACUGAGCUUAGAUGGGAAGCGACUCUAUGUUACAAAUUCUCUCUUCAGUACAUGGGACCGUCAAUUUUAUCCCGAGCUCGUGCAGAAAGGCGGCCAUAUCUUACAGAUCGAUGUUAACAAUGAGAAAGGCGGUCUUGCAAUAAACCAGAAUUUUUUUGUCGAUUUUGGAGCUGAACCAGACGGUCCAUCCUUGGCGCAUGAAAUGAGAUAUCCCGGUGGCGAUUGCACAUCUGAUAUAUGGAUAUAAGUACUCGAUAAUAGUAGUUCGGAUCGAUGCUGCCUCCAGCAUAGGAGUCAAAAAGUACUGUUAUAUGUAAUAAGGGCAGCACAAUUCACUAGUUGAACUGAUAUUUAAUUGAAAAUAACUUGAUAAAGAUCAGUUUUUCUCACACUACUGCGAUAAUGUGACCUUCCUUUUAAUUUA